GGCGGGUACCGGGAGCGGGCGGUGCGUCCGUCCCUCCCGCCGCGGCUGCCAGCGCCGCCGGCACCAUGGGCUGCUGCUGCCGCCUGCUCCUCGCCCUCCUCCUCCUCCCUUCAGGACUGGGUGAUGACUCCACAGCAUCACCUCUCACCCUCAUCAGCCCUCCCUUCCUCUCAGAGGGGAUCCCAGUGGCACCGAGCUCCAGGGAUGCAGCUCUCCCCACACAAGCUCUUGGCCAGUCCAUGUCCAUGGAACCCACUGAAGAAAGGCCAUCCUCGUCAUCCACCCCUACAGCAGCACUGUCCCCUGCUCCUGCCUCCAUCACUGCGGCUGUCACAACCACCAUAGCAGACAGGUCACCUGUAGUCACCAACCCUAGCUCUAGGCCCAUGACCUUGGAGACAGCCCCAAGUCUUCAGACAGCAAACACUACGGACACGGCAAGAGGCACGAUGGAUGUGGGAGCAGCUCCCAACACCACGGGUAUAGCUGCAUCCUCCUCCUCCCUCCCCACCAGUGACCCUGGGACAGUCUUGUCCCCAACACCUGGCCUCAUGAGCCCCACCACAACCCAGCCACCUGUGCUGACCAAGGAUGUCCCUUCCCUGGGAACACUGCCCAUGGUGUCAAGCCUGGCCGUGGAGCCAACGUCCCCCCCAGUGACUCUGACAAGCCCCAUGGUGGCAGAAGAGUCUAUGCCCACCGGUAAAACCACCCUCUCCACUGGAAUCACUAUGGAAGAGGUGCCGCGUGCCUUGAGUGCAGGGAGCAUUGUGGCCAUAACCGUGACAGUCAUCGUGGUGGUGGUGCUGGUUUUCGGGGCAGCAGCGUACCUCAAGAUCAGGCACUCCUCCUACGGCAGGCUUCUGGAUGACCAUGACUACGGCUCCUGGGGCAACUACAACAACCCUCUCUAUGACGACUCCUAGCAGGGAUGAGGAGAAAGAAUAAAUCCUUAAUUUAUAAAUGCUUCCUCAGCAGAGCAUCCACUGUCAAAGAGAUGCCACUGCCAUGGGCUGGAUUAUGGUGGGUCUGACCCACCCAAGCGGGCAUGCAGUACCCACAAUAAACCUGAAUUUUGGCCUUUGUGGAGGAAACUCUGCGUCAUGGCACACUUUGGCCACUUGGUUUGUAGGCAGGGAACCCAAAUUCCCCAAGUGAACGGGGGGAGUAAAGGGAGAGGAUGGAAGUUCAACCAGUGCCAUGGCAUCCUUUGAAAUGCUGCUGCCCACGGCCAGAGCCAGCAGUGUGAAGGGGUCUCCCAUGCUCUCAUGUGCUCCUUCCUCCUACCUCCCUUCGUCACCCUGCUGGGGAAUCCAUCCUUCACCUUGCCAGGGACCAGAAGCAGUUAUGGGACUGCUCCAUCACCAGUCCCUCUUCCUGCAGGUGCUUCUGUACACAAGUUUAUAAUUUCUCUUUA